AUGUUGAUUGCAUGUGAGAGAUGGUUUCUGCCAUUAAUGGAUUGCGUUACAGUUGACACUGUCAUAUACGCAUACCUUUUGGCCGCUCACUAUUUAUGCAACCGCCAGACAAGAGCAGCCUUCCUUACUUUGGGGACGACUGUACGUGCCGCGCAAUCUAUAGGCCUCAACAGGGAGGCACAAUGGGGCGAGGUCAGCGACAUCGAACGAGAAACGCGCAGAUGUGCGUGGUGGUCGGUCUUCAUAGGAGCAGGGUUCAUCUCAAUGUCAUGGGGCACUCCGCCGAUGCUCAGUGAGGCAGACUGCCAGGUUCGCCAUCCGACCGACGUUGACGAUGCAUGCAACUUGGAGCAGUGCCCGGGGUUCGGAUCACUGGAGAAGCGAGAAGGCGGGGAUAUUCGGCCUGUGACUGUCGGUUCGUACAACCGAUACAAGGCAGAGAUGUACAAAAUUGCCAUUACGAUCAUGCGCCGCGUCUAUUUCACCAAAUACCGCAACCCUGAGGAGCUCACUCGGCUAAUCUCAAAACUGCAUCAGCGGUUGCUAGCGCUAGAGAAAUCUAUUCCGCCUGAGUUGCGAGUUGAGAACCAUACUCAUAAUGCUCUGCAGGGGGACUCGAACCAAUUGAUGCUGCGGAAGAUCUUUGCUGUCCAAGCGCUUACUCUCCAAGUGUCAUACGACAACAUGCAAAUCUUCUUAUUCCGACCGUUGAUCUCUAUCGGUGGCAUCCCAAGAUCACUUGUGGGUACUCGUGAGAACUCACCAGGCCUUGCUAACCAGACUAAUCUGGGGAAUGCACCCAGCCUGCUUCUGAGCAUUGCGCAGAAUCAGUGUUGGACAUCAGCGAUGCGGACCUCCAUGGUGGGCCAAAGUUCGGAUAUAAUGAAGUUAUCUCAGUUUACCUUCCCCGCCGUACAUGUCGGAGUACACACAUUUUCCGCGGGCGUGAUGUUGGGGCUGUUGGCUCUGACCAGCCCGCUGUCUGCUCGUGGGCAGGAAAGCAAACGCGCCAUCGCCAAAAUCAUCCAGGUUCCAAAAGUGGCCAGGCUGAAGACACACGUAUGGGGUCAAAUGACGCAGAUUCUCACAGACUUGAUGCACGUUAUCGCGGCCGAGGAAACAAAGGCUCUGAUAGCCGGUAUUGCAGGAGACGGCUCCAGGGAGACUCUCGCAGAGCCAGAGGUGUUCGGCCAACCUUCGAACCCGUACGAGGACUUGGAGGCAAACCCAAGGACAGAAGACUCGGCGGAUGGGGUAUCAACCACUGCCACUGACGGAACUGAUUUUGACGAGCAUGGUUCAUUGAGAAUGAACAUGCCAACAACCGUCGAAGGCAGCACAUGCGAAAUGGCGCAGGCAUUGCAUUCUUCAGGCCCUUUCAUUACGGGCGUUGAAGAUCAGCAGGCCCAGUAUAGCUCACAGUUUGAUGUCUUUGAUGUACCAAACCUGUGGCUCCCUCAACAACCGGCUGAUCCUCUACAGAUGAUGGAUCAAUUGUGGAUGUGGGACGGGUCUUUUUCGUGCCAUUAA